CCUAACCGCUCCUUCGUUGUCAGGCUCUCAGCUUGCAUCUUCCUUUUCCUUGAUCCUAAUUAUCUCUGCUCUUCGUGUCGCCACUCAAACCCUAACUAGCUGCGCGCCUGGGCGAGUUUCUCACAGAGCCAUGGCCUUCAAGCACCUUCUAUCCCUGGCUCGGCGCUCGCGACGACGUCGCUUAUCCCCUCUCUCAUCUUCAUUCCAGACCGUCCGAACCUCAUCAUCCUCACCGGCCGUCGCUACUCCAUCGUCCCCUCCCUCCCCUCCUCCUCCCAAUGUCAUGAUCUACGAUCACCUGGCCGAGGCUGUGAAAUCCAAACUCAGGCAGCUCGAACAUCCCGACCCACGAUUCCUCAAGUACGGGUCUCCCCGCCCCACCUUGUCGGAUCAUACACGGAUCCUCUCUGCACCCGAAACUCGCGUUACUACUCUUUCUAAUGGACUCCGGGUGGCCACGGAGUCUAACCUUGCAGCGAAAACUGCAACCGUAGGCGUCUGGAUUGACGCAGGAUCGCGGUUUGAGACCGAGGAGACUAAUGGGACCGCGCAUUUCCUCGAGCACAUGAUCUUCAAGGGCACCGAGAAGAGGACGGCUCGCGAGCUGGAGGAGGAGAUUGAGAAUAUGGGUGGGCAUUUGAAUGCGUACACCUCGAGGGAACAAACUACUUAUUACGCCAAGGUUACCGAUAAGGAUGUUCCUAAGGCACUUGAUAUUUUGUCUGAUAUAUUGCAGAAUUCAAAGUUUGAUGAGAACCGAAUUAGCCGGGAGCGCGAUGUGAUACUCAGGGAAAUGGAAGAGGUUGAGGGGCAAACAGAGGAAGUCAUUUUUGACCAUUUGCAUGCAACAGCUUUCCAGUACACUCCUCUGGGUAGAACUAUUCUUGGACCUGCUCAGAACAUUAAGACAAUCACCAAAAAUCAUCUACAGAGCUACAUUCAGACACACUACACAGCUCCCAGGAUGGUUAUAGCUGCGUCUGGAGCUGUGAAGCAUGAAGAUAUUGUUGAGCAAGUAAAAAAGUUAUUCACUAAGUUGUCAGCAGAUCCCACUACCGCAUCUCAAUUAGUUGCAAAAGAACCAGCUAUUUUUACUGGUUCUGAGGUUAGAAUGAUUGAUGAUGAUAUUCCCCUCGCACAAUUUGCAGUGGCUUUUGAAGGAGCAGCUUGGACAGAUCCUGAUUCCAUUUCCCUGAUGGUCAUGCAAGCUAUGUUGGGCUCUUGGAACAAGACAGCAGGAGGUGGAAAACAUAUGGGUUCUGAGUUGGCACAACGGGUUGGCAUUAAUGAAGUUGCGGAAAGCAUGAUGGCUUUCAACACUAACUAUAAGGAUACCGGCCUUUUUGGUGUUUACGCUGUUGCUAAGCCUGAUUGCUUGGAUGACUUGGCUUAUGCAAUAAUGUAUGAGACCACAAAGUUGGCUUAUCGUGUUUCAGAAGAUGACGUCACACGUGCUCGUAAUCAGUUGAAAUCUUCACUCCUGCUACACAUAGAUGGUACAAGUCCAGUGGCUGAAGAUAUUGGGCGCCAGUUACUCACCUACGGUAGAAGAAUUCCGUUUGCUGAAUUGUUUGCAAGAAUUGAUGCUGUAGAUGCAAGCACAAUUAAACGUGUCGCGAACCGAUUCAUUUAUGACAAGGAUAUAGCUAUUGCAGCCAUGGGACCUAUUCAGGGCUUGCCUGAUUACAACUGGUUCAGACGCAGAACCUACUGGAACCGCUAUUAGUUCACUCUAGCUUUCUGUUUGUUCUUUCCUUUUGACUACACAGGAGGUCUGGCCCAACGUUUUGUUCCAUUUUACUACAUAUGUGCCUUUGGAUGGCUGCUUUGACAAUAAUUUUUUAUUUAUUUGUUAUGGGCCUUCCUUUUUGUAACACUUCCAAAGAAAAAAAACGCAUAUGCCAUCUUCACUCUCACAAGUGUUGUCAUAAUGACAUUCUGAGCUGCUUUGCUGGUCUUA